CCGGUUCGUUGCUGCAGGUUGUAGUUGCAAGGCGAGCAAGCAGCCGUUGCUGAUUAUUUUUCCCCCUCUUGUAUUUUUGCGCCCUCCUCUCUCUGCAUCGCAGACAAACGAGAGCGCCGAUGGAAGAAGAGGAGGCCGAGCUCUACGGCGUCGAAGAUGAGUUCGACGAGCAGUUCGCAGACGAGAUGGAAGUCCUGGCCGAGCUGGAAGAGAAAGGACCUCCAGCACCAUCCUAUAAAAUCUCUGAAUUCCGAAAACACAAGAGAACAUUUGAAGAGGCUCUUGCAGCAGGGGAUCUGGUGAAGGCCUCCAGUGCUCCAUGCCAGGAAAAGGACUCCAGUGCUCCAUGCCAGGAAAAGGCCUCCCCCAGGGAGAGUUUGGACGAUGCCCAUCUGGAGCUAGAAGUUCUCUCCGCGUUCAGCAGGACUGAGGACAGCUCUGGGGCUCUGCUCCCCCAGGAGGCUGAGGGGACUCAGACUCCGAGGCCAAAGCGACAGCGUCUCGAAGCCAUGAAGAAGCUGGACUUUGGAACGGACGUGGGGACGGCCCUCGAAGACUUGCCAAAGGAUGGAAUUGCUUUGCCUCUUUCUCCAGGAGCCUGUUCGAAACACCAAGAAGCAAGGACCCCGAGGCGCAAGAUCCUGGACGUAAGUGACGUGCUUCCACUGCAUGUGACGCCUCCAGAGGAGAACACCUCGAAGAGGGUCCUGAAGCGCCCACCCAUCUUGGAGGACUACAUCAACGUGACUUCAGCCGACGGCACCCGAGUCUUCAUGGCCGUGAGGGAGGCUUGCUCUGGCAGGGCGACUGAGCCUUCCAGUUCUUUUGGGUGGAACGGACACAGGCCCCCUUGUUUAUUGGGGGUGCCUUUCUCCUAUCUCAAGGAGCAGGUGGCUGAAGAGCGCCGGAGACACGUUCUUGAGACCUCACGACAGCUGACAGAGCUCUUGGACAGCUGUCUCGAAGAUGAGAGAACCCAGCCUGCGACUGCAGAGUCCAGGGAAGAAGGUGAUGGCGUGGCGGAAGAGGAUGAGCUGACUCGGGGGUCCCUGUGGGUGGACCACUUCACUCCCAAGCACUAUGUGGAAUUACUCAGUGAUGAUUACACAAACCGCUGCCUUCUGAAGUGGCUCAAGCUGUGGGACGUGGUUGUGUUCGGGAAGGAGAAGCCUGCCAAGAAGGCCAAGCCGAGCGUGGAGGCCCACCCACCCUCCAAAUACCCCAAAGAGCGGCAGGGCAUGUGGAAGAAGAGCAAAGCCCAAGUGACAGAGGAGGCCCUGGAGGCGGAGUUGGACCAGCACAACCGACCCAAAUUCAAGGUUGCCCUGCUGUGUGGCCCCCCUGGCUUGGGCAAGACCACCCUGGCACACAUCAUAGCGAAGCACGCUGGAUACAGUGUGGUGGAGAUGAAUGCCAGUGAUGACCGUAACCCAGAGGUCUUCAAAACCCGGAUUGAAGCUGCCACCCAAAUGAAGUCUGUGCUGGGAGCCAACGAGAGGCCGAACUGCCUAAUCGUUGAUGAGAUUGAUGGCGCUCCAACAGCGUCUGUCAAUGUGCUGCUGAACAUCGUCAACCGGAAGGGUGCUGAGGCAGAAUCCGAAGGUGCCUCCAGAGGGGCAAGCGGGAAGAAGAGGCGGCAGGAGGGCAGCCUUCUUUUGCGACCCAUCGUCUGCAUUUGCAAUGACCAGUAUGUUCCUUCAUUGCGGCAGCUGCGGCAGCAGGCGUUCCUUCUGCACUUCCCCUCAACAGCCCCAUCCAGGCUAGUCCAGAGGCUGCAGGAGAUUGCCAUCCAGCAAGGCAUGAAAGCUGACACCGGGGCACUGAUGGCGUUGUGCGAAAAGGCAGAGAAUGACAUUCGCUCUUGUAUCAACACUCUGCAGUUUCUCCACAGUCGAGGCCAGAAAGAGCUGAGUGUGCGGAUGGUGCAGACCGUGACGGUUGGCUUGAAAGACCAGAACAAAGGGCUGUUUUCCAUCUGGCAGGAGAUUUUCCAGCUCCCAAAGAUGCAACGGCACAGGAUAGGGAUGGACCCAUUGCAUCCGGUCCCCGUUCUCACGAGAGGCGGGGACGACCUGUUUGGCCCGAACACGACCCAGACCUCCCUUAAUGCUGCUGCCCAAAGAUUCUACCACAUCCUGCAUCUCAGCACGUCCUGUGGAGAACACGAAAAACUUACCCAGGGCUUGCAUGAUAACUUCAUGAACAUGAAGAUGAAGGAUUCCAGUUUCGGCUCCGUCUGCCUGGCCCUGGAGUGGCUGGGCUUCUCUGAUAUGGUGAACAGGAUCGUGAUGCACAGGCAGAACUUCCAGCUCUUGCGAUAUCUGCCCUUCCUCCCCGUGGCUUUUCACGUGCUCUUCGCUGCGUCCAACGUACCCAGGCUGCAAUACCCCAAUAGCCAGACUGAGGCGCUGGUUAAACUGACCCAGGUGCAGAACCUCGUUGCUUCCAUGAUGUCUGGGAUCACGCCAAACGCCCGCAGCCGUGUAGGGCCUCAGUCUCUUGUGCUCGAGGCUCUUGGCCUCCUCUUGGACAUUCUCUCUCCCAAACUGAGACCGGUGAACACUCAGCUGUACAGCCAGAAAGAGAAGCAGCGCUUGUCUGACUUGAUCGGCACCAUGCUGGCGUACAACCUCACCUACCACCAGGAGCGGACCCCCGAUGGGCAGUAUGUCUACAGGCUGGACCCAAAUGUGGAAGAAAUCUGUCGAUUCCCAGACCUUCCUGCUCGGAAGCAGCUGACUUACCAGGCCAAGCAACUCAUUGCCAGAGAAAUAGAACUGGAAAAAAUGAGGCGGGCGGAAGCCAUGCUGCAGGCGCGCAACUCCAGCCAGGAGUUGGUUGUGGGUUUGCUGGCAAAAGAAAGAGACGAGAAGCCGAGUGCCGAGUCCACGUCCAGAGUGUGGAACCAUAAGCAACAGCUGGACGAGAUUGUGAAGAGAGCCAAGGUGGAGGAGAAGCCAGAAACCGAUUUCUUUGGCCGUGUAAUUGUCAAGAAGAAAGCAUCUCCUUUAACAGCCAGCCAGGCACCUGAGAAAAGCACAACUGAAAAACAUGUUGGGAGGGCUGUCGGACAGAGCGACGUCUGGUUCCGGUUUAAUGAAGGUGUAUCCAACGCUGUGCGGAGAAAUAUUUACAUUAAGGAUUUGCUGUAGCGAUUAGAAACUCAGAUGUGUAUAUGCAUCCCGCCCAUUAAAAAGCCUCAGAUCUUUUGGCACUGUGUUGGAUGAUA